AAAUCUAAAGGCACAACUUAGAUUCGAGCCAAUGUUUUAAGUAAUCGAACAUGGUAUUACCCCAACCUUGUGAAAGUAACAAACUGACACGUUUUCAUUUUCGUCAAAAACGGCUUGAUAUCGAAAGACUUCCGUUGAUUUGACAUGGCACAUGCGGAGUUUGGCGCUAGACGACCGUUAGUCCCGAUCACAAGUUUAUACGCAUGAGCCUUUGCUAUACAACGUCGCCAUGACAUCGCCUACAAGUGUGAUCGGGGAAUUCUAUUGGAUAAGCAGUUUUAGCCUAUCUUCAUACUGUACAGUCUUUGAUCAAAUUAAUUGUCCGGCAAAAGCCUAACGUAGCUAAAUUGUAUCUCUCUAAAUUAUUACGUUGUUAAUUAUUAUAAUCUACGAUGACGAGAAGAUUGUAGUGGAAACCAUGAAAAGAUCUAGAAGUGUUGGUGCGUCUUCACCUUUGAAUGGGAUUGGAAAACAAGAUGGGGACCCCCGGAGGAAGAGGAAGUUGGCGGAGAUCUCUCAGGCCCUGAACGUGACGCCAGUUGAUGUGGCAGUGCUGAGGAGGAUGGCCAUCAGCGAGGGGGGGCUGCUCACUGAUGAGAUCCGCUGUAAAGUGUGGCCACGGCUGCUCAACGUGCCCACCGACAUCCUGCCUGAGAAAUCAGAGGAAGUAGAGCGGGAGAAUAAUAAGGACUAUAACCAGGUGCUGUUGGAUGUCCAGCGUUCCCUGCGAAGAUUCCCUCCUGGCAUGCCAGACGAGCAGCGUGAGGGCCUCCAGGAGGAGCUGAUUGACAUCAUCCUGCGGGUGCUGGGAAGGAACACUCAGCUGCACUACUACCAGGGCUACCAUGACAUCGUGGUCACCUUCCUGCUGGUGCUGGGCGAGCGGCUUGCUACCGCUCUGGUGGAGAAACUCUCCACACACCACCUCAGGGACUUUAUGGACCCCACCAUGGACAACACUAAACACAUCCUUAACUAUCUGAUGCCAAUCAUCGAGAGGGUCAAUCCAGAGGUGCAUGACUUCAUGCAGCAGGCGGAGGUGGGCACCAUCUUUGCCCUUAGCUGGCUCAUCACCUGGUUUGGCCAUGUCCUGUCAGAUUUCCGACACGUUGUGCGGUUGUAUGACUUCUUCCUGGCCUGCCAUCCCCUGAUGCCAAUCUACUUUGCUGCUGUGAUUGUGCAGUACCGGGAGGAUGAGGUGUUGGACUGUGAGUGUGACAUGGCGUCGGUACACCAUCUCCUGUCCCAGAUCCCCCAGGACCUGCCCUACGAGACGCUCAUCAGCCGCGCAGGAGACCUUUUUGUCCAGUUCCCCCCCUCCGAGCUGGCCAGGGAGGCUGCCCAGCAGUACAGUCAACAGAUGGCAGCCUCCACCUUUAAAGACUUUGAUCUGACCCCGGAGCAGCAGCGGCCGGACACGGUGCUGCGGAGGCGGCGGAGAGAGAGGCAGGCACUGAAGGGAGCUGCUGCAGGUGCUAUGGUGGCGACCGCCCAACCCAGCACGGCUCGGCGCUUCGUCCGACUGGCCGUCAUGGGGCUCACUGUGGCGCUGGGGGCAGCCGCCCUAACCCUGGUCAACACGGCCCUAGAGUGGGCGCCAAAACUGGACCUACACCUCUUCCCCUGAGAGAGAGUGAAGGGGACUUGUAGGCGAGUGAAGGGGACUUGUAGGCGAGUGAAGGGGACUUGUAGGCGAGUGAAGGGGACUUGUAGGCGAGUGAAGGGGGCUGACGGCCAUUACAGCAGAAGACAUCCACGGGAAGGAGAGAGAAUAGAGAUCUUUGUAAAGAGAAUAUGAAGUUAUUUUCCACAUUAAUAUGAAGGACGUGAAUGGAACAGAGACUUGACUGUCAACGUUGUAUUUAACUUAUAUUUGUUAAUAAAACCAAAUGGUGAUAAAUGUUGUGCUGAGCGAUAUUAAACUAUUAGGAGUGAUGGCAAGUGACAACUUAUAGCAAAGACUUAGGUUUCCUAGGUUGAAGAGUUGUCACUGGGGUCGAAACUGUUGCCAAUGAAGAGCGUGUGUGAGAGUGUGGAUGUGUCUGAAAUGGCUCCCUAUCUAGUGCGCUGUAUAGGGUUUCAUUUAGACGGUCUGUGCUGUCAGGUUCAGGGGUGAGUUAAAUGUCCCUCUGAACCUCACAUGGGCCAUAUUGGCACAAGGACAGAGAUCCCUCUAGCCCGCCACUGGUAUGGUCCCCCCCCCGCAGAUCAUCAAGUUGAAUCCUCUGCCUUCAGCACAUCAUGUCCCUCUUCCUUUCCUUUCAUUCUGUACCGAGACCAAAUACACACGUCUUAGUCCCAUCUUUGUAUGUUUAGCACUUAAUUUUCAAAUUUUCUAAAGCAUCAUUAUUAUUGUUAAGUAAGUUGUAGGAAAUAUAAUUGUUGUACAAGCACACCCAUAUUUAACAUUUAUAUCAAAUUAAAUUAACAGAAUCCACUUGGGGCUUCUGACCUUAUGGAUGACAAUUUGCAAUAGCUCUUUUCCACAGCAUGCCUAAAUUAGGUUAGGUUUGGAAUAGGUUAGCUUUGUGAUCUGCGACAAAGCACCGAUAGCACUCCCAGACAAUCCCAUGAGCCUUGGCUUGAUCCCAUGCUUUUAUUGCACAAUAAUGAAGUCAUAUUACAUUGUUUGCACACCCUAUCCUCACAUUUCAACCAAACUCACCAAAUGGCCUGGUUGUAGAAAUGACAAGUUUUUUUGCACAUUUAAUUUUAAGAAAUGUCACUUGAGCUUAAAGACUACAGUUGACACAAUUUGAAUGUGUCGCAUUGGACCUACUGAAAUUGGUUCAACAGAGAUACAUGAGUAGAAUCGACUCGAUUGUGACACGCAGAUACUCAGCGGUGCCUAUUGACUCCAUCAGUGUUAGCCAUGGAUGGUUUUCAUUGCACUGAAAUAGCCUCAUUCUGUAUCAUUGCAAUGGUUUUUAUCUGCCUUUUAUGUUGAAUUGUUAUAUUUGUCAUGAGAACAAUAAAGAAUAAAAAACAAGAUCAAUGCAAACUGCA